AUGCCCAAGUUAGAACAGUUUGAGAUCAAGAAGUACUGGCAGAUCUUUUCAGGUUUGAAACCUGAAAAUAAUAAGGUCAACCAUGAUCAGGUCCUGCCUAUUCUUUUCAAUUCGAAAUUGGACUCUUCCGUUCUAAACAAAAUAUGGUUUUUGGCUGAUAUUGAUGAAGAUGAUGACUUAGAUUUUGAAGAAUUUGUCAUUUGCAUGAGACUUAUCUUUGAUAUGGUUAAUAAGAACAUUUCAAGCGUUCCCGAUGAAUUACCAGAUUGGCUUGUACCGGGAAGCAAAGUUAGUAUGAUUAAAGAGAGAAGACAACGUCAGCAGCGAGAGGCGGCAGAUUUACCUUCCGAAAAGCCGCCAGAUGUUGAUUGGUAUAUGGCACCUGAGGAUUUAUCCGUUUACGAGAAAUUAUUGGAUUCCUCUGAAAGAUCGACAGAUGGCACAGUUACUUUCCCCUCACUAUCCUCGGUUAUAAGGUCGAAAUUUUAUAAUAUUGGGUCAAGUGAUAUGAACAAAGUUUGGAAUUUAGUUAAUCCAAAGCAAAAAGCCUCCAUAGACAAGGAUCCCGCGUUUUAUUUUAUCCAUUGUUUGAGACAAUGUAAUGACGUGGGGGCUAAGAUACCUGAUCACCUGCCUCGCGCUAUGGCAGAUAUCUGUAAUAAGGAAUCAGUUUCGUAUGAUUUGAAUGAUUAUAAAUCUGAUACGAAAAGACAAGAGAGUAGGUCGUCGCCAAACGGUAAUACAACAGGAAAUUCAACAACGGCGGCAUCCAGCGGUGCAUCAUCGGAUCAGGAGAUAUCUGCAUUGCAAACGGAAUUGGCACAGUUAGAUUCAGAAUUGAGUCGUGUUCAGUCAGAAACCUCAAGACUACCGGCUGAGAAUAAUCCUGCCGUCGUAAGGAAACAAUUAGAAGGAUUGUUAAAAUAUAAAAGGGAUAGAAUGCAACAGGCAAAUAGCAGGUCGCGAGUGGGACGUCCAGUAAAUAGUAACUCGGUUAGAGACGACUUGGACAGUAUUGAAGAACAAAUGACGGUCCUUGAAUCUUAUUUGGACAACAAAAAACAGGAAUUACAACAGUUGAAAAUGGAGAUUCAGUCCACCCGCUAA